CGUGCGCGUGUCAAUCUCCUAAACGACAACUACCUCCUUCCUACCUAUCUACCCUCCACACUCUUUGAAUGCCCUUCUCUCUCUCUAUAAAUCAAUCUACACCUUCUUCACAUAACCCCCUCUUUUAUUUUCCACUCAAUCGCCGAUUAAGAUCAUAAGAUGGCACCCUCAUUCGACCACACCGCUCAAACCGUUUGUGUAAUGGACGCUUCGGCCCAUUUGGGCUUCGCCCUUGUCCACACACUCCUUCAUAGGGGCUACACCGUUCAUGCCUCCUUUCAAACACAAGGGGAAGAUAUGUUGAAGGGGAUUUCUACUGACCCAAACAAGCUUAAGAUAUUCCGCUCAGACCCAUUUGAUUAUCAAAGCAUCAUGGAUUCCCUUAAAGGCUGCUCUGCUUUGUUCUACUCUUUUCAACCUCCUUCUGAUCAACCUGAUUAUGAUGAAUACAUGGCUGACGUGGAGGUAAGGGCUGCACACAACGUGCUUGAAGCUUGUGCACAAACAGAAAGCAUUGAGAAAGUUGUUUUUACAUCCUCAGCCACCGCUGUUGUUUGGAGAGAGGAUCGUAAAAGCAUGGAACUUGACUUGGACGAGAGGCAUUGGAGCGAUGUCAAUUUCUGUCGUAAAUUCAAGUUGUGGCAUGCAAUGUCAAAGACGAUGGCAGAGAAGACAGCGUGGGCCCUAGCAAUGGACAGAGGGAUGAAUAUGGUGUCAAUCAACGCAGGUCUUUUGAUGUCUCCUGAUCUCUCCAUCAGCAAUCCUUACCUCAGAGGAGCCGCUGAGAUGUACGAGGAUGGUGUCUUUGUAACCGUUGAUCUUCCUUUUCUCGUCGACGCACACAUCUGCGUCUACGAGGAUGUCUCAUCCUACGGUCGUUAUUUGUGCUUCAAUCAUAUUAUUAACACCCAAGACGAUGCCCUUCGCCUCGCCCGCAUCUUGACCCCUGAUGCUGCUUCUUCCUUGCCUCAAAGAGAGGAGUGUGGGAAGAGUUUUAUAGAGCAGAGAAUAAGCAACAAGAAGCUGAACAAGUUGAUGGUCGACUUUGAGGCUUGAAUUAUGAAUGAUUUUUGUUGGAAACCAAAGAGAAAAUACAUACUGUGUGUACAAUGUUACCAUGUUAAUUAUUAGUAGAAUUAUUUGUUUGUAUGUAUGC